CAAAACUCCAGCAGUGCCACCUUUUCCCAGUACACAUUUUUGGACAAAUCAUAAUUUCUGUCAAAUUUUUUUUCAGCAGAAGUUUUCCUCACGGUUCUCCGCAAAAGAAAUCUUUUUUGAUUUUGCAAAAUUAAACUUAAAAUGAACGUAUCAAGGGCCGUCAUUCGUCAAUUUGCUACCAGCAAUGUUGCCAAAUCUGGUGGCGAAGUCCACAAAGGAUACCUCAAGAUGAAGGACAUCCAACAAAAGUUCCAAGUUCCCGAUGGCAAACCCGUUUUCUUGAAGGGAGGUGCUGCCGACCAGGUGCUUUACCGUUUGACUGUUCUUCUGUGUCUCGGUGGUAUUGGAGGCAUGGGCAAAUUGUUCUGGGAUCUUAGUGUUCCCAAAUCAGAAUAGAUUUUAAGAACCAUACAAAAACUUACAAAAAAAAACCCUUCCACCAAAUUAAUGUAUAUUUCUGUGUUUUAAGCCAUCUUCUGUUAAGUGUGUUUCCUUUCGAUUUCGAUGGCAAUUCCAUGAGAACAAAUACAUUCUAGUUGUGUGUGCAUUUAAAACAGAGAAAUAUAUUUUGAAAUUAGUGUUAAA